AAAUUUAAGCAAGAUGUAUCCGUUAUAUAUCAUCCAGAAGCAUUUGCUGAUAAACAAGAUUUAAUCUAUCGUGCUUUGGCUUUACAUUUCACUCGACAAGGUCAAUUUGAUUUGUGUGAGGAAUUUUUAAAUGAAGCAGAAAUACCUAUCGAUAAUGAACUACGCGAUACAGUUGAGAAACUAAGAAAUGAUAUUGAACAAAUGUAUACGAUUCUAGACAAAAUAGAAAAGGGAAAAGAUCUAAGCUUGGCUAUUCAAUGGGCCGAAGCUAAUCAUGAUGAAUUGAAGAAAAUGCAAAGUAGCUUGGAAUUUAGUUUACAUCGUAUGAGAUUCAUUCAAAUACUAUUGUCAAAAACACCCAUGGAAGCAAUACAGUACGGAAGAAGACAUUUUGGAACAUUUUCAGAAAAGCAAAUAAAGAGAUUGAUGACAGCUCCAUUAUUUGUAAAUGAUUUACUCAACUCUCGCUACAGCGACCUCUGCUCUCCAUCCAAUUGGACAGAUAUCAAGCAAGAAUUUCAAAAGGACUUUUGCUCUUUAUUAAGGAUGAGUAUACAGAGCCCACUAUAUACAAGUGUUUACGUAGGCACCACCGCUUUACCUGUCAUCAUGAAACUAUACAAGGUGAUGAUAAUGAAUAAGGCUGAAUGGAGUGCUCAAGGUGAACUGCCCGUCGAAAUACCUCUGGAAGAAGAGCUGAGAUAUCAUUCUGUAUUUGCUUGUCCUGUUUCAAAGGAACAGGCAACAGAUAAUAACCCUCCUAUGAUGAUGCCCUGUGGUCAUGUUAUCUGCAAAGAAAGUUUAACUCGUCUCGCAAGAAGUAGUAGGUCCUCUUCCAAGUUUAAAUGUCCUUAUUGUCCUCAAGAAUCUACCUUUGAUCAAGCAACGCAGGUUUAUUUUUAA